CUUUCAUUUCAUUGCGCCAUAAACGUCAGUUCCGCAACCUAAUGCAUUCGCAGACCCCCUCAAGAUCUCGUUAUGCUCGAUCACGAAUCGUGACAGUCGCCCUCCUAGCACUCCUCUUCUCGGCAGCACCGUGCCAUGCAGCCUGCUACUUCCCGGACGGCUCAGCCGCGACUGACAUGGAAACAUGUCCUGGCAGCAAGUCGUGUUGUGGUAAAAAACAGGCGUGUCUUUCGAACGGGCUAUGUUUUGGAGCUGACCUAGGCGUCAUUUAUCGCGGCAGCUGCUCAGAUAGAUCGUGCCCUAUAGUGGACUGCCCGCGCGCAUGCUACACCGCCGGACACAGAACUCCCAGAUUCAUUCGCUAAUCUCUUUCAAUGCCCCGGAAAUGGCGAUUGGACAAACAUGACAUGUAGUGGCAGAGCCGAUGCAGAAACCGCGUGCGGAGUUGAUGCUGCAGGCUGGUUCAAGUGGGCUUCCGGUGGCAACGUAAUGUCAGGCCAGAACGGUGUCUCGACAUGCAGCGAUGUAGCCACAGGGACGACGAACCUGAGAGAUUCAACAAGCUCGACGCAGACAAGUUGCCCGGCUUGCACAGAUCCCGCGAGCCAGUCGUCUAGCCAUUCUGCAGUUGCACUUGGCGCUGGUUUAGGCGCUGGGCUAGGUGUACCUCUAUUGAUAUCAACGGCGCUCUUGAUUUAUUGCAUGGGCGCGCGGCGACGACUGCUGUCCGAUCCACAGCGGCAGAUGAACAUGAACCAGCCAAUCGCCGGACAGUCAAGAGAUCUGCCUUCUGAGUUGAAUGGGGAGACAUACGUGGCUGAAAUGGGCUCUAAAGACACUCGCGCUGAACUGCAAGGAUAGCGAGGCCUUUCGGCUUAAAUUAUCCUUGGCGCCACCCGCAAAAGUGCAGCAGAACGAUAUAUACAUAUAUAACUAUAUAUAAUUAUUCAAUUGGUAUCCCGAACUUAGAGUAUGUAACCACGGCCGUUGUCGUGUACAGUGAAAGGUAGAUGAAGACGAACGCUACGAUUGAGUCCAUUCGGCCGAUUCGGAGAAUGCAGGGACAUUUAUCGCGCACCUUGGCCGGAAAAAUGCUGGAGCUCGAACGCUUUUAUCUCUCGACCUUGAGAUGAGUAACCUGCA